CUAAAGUGGCUGAAAGCCGGUGGGAUUUAGGGGCCAUGAUGAAACAAGAGGAUCAAUAUGAUCAGAGAAUCCCUGGAAUAUACUGUAUAGAUAUAUCUUCUCCAUUGCAUGCCCUCUAGUAUUCUCUUAUAGAGUCAGGACACGUUACUGGAUGCUAGGUGAAUGGCAGUCCUGUGUGCGAAAUGGGGAAAGAUGAUGGAAUCAGUAUCCCGAUAGGUGAAAUCAAUUCCUCAAGCUGAUGCUAAAAGGGCACACCGUCCAUGCUGCAAUUUGCUUCAGGCAAGAAAGGCAGCUGUGGCCUCACCAUCUGGCCAAGAUGAUGCGGGGAACCUCUCCUCUCCUCCAGCUCUGCGAACCCCAACCUGAUGAGGAAUCCUGCAAGACCUGAACCUAGCCAGUUUUUGAACUCCUAGCCUAAUUAGGCUCCUGGUCUAAUAAAGGCAUUUCUCUUCCUGGCCCCAUACAAAGCUCUUUACUGUCGUCUUGCACGAGGUGUCACACUUGCCGGCAACGGUGGGCCUUUGUGCCUGGCCCGGGUGACACAGAGGCUCCGGGAGGCCCCAACACCACUCCCCCCCGUUCCGGGCUUUCCUCGCCUUAAGGAUCCCCGAUCAGUUCCUUGGUUUACAGCCCCAAGCGGACAUGUUGCGCCAGGGGGCGAUCCCCGAAGGAGGCUCCGCCCUGCUCUUCCCACGUGGCCAGGCCCCGGAAGUCGGGGCGCCUGCGCGUUGCGCGAGGACGACAGAGCCGAGCGUCCCGAACCAGGGGGCUCCUCGCGAUGGAAGGCGCGCGGAUGCUGAGGCAGCGGCUGCCGCUCUCCGCCUGGCCCCCCUUCGGCCCGGGCCUUUGCCCCGGCCGCCGCUCCCCCCGCCUGCUCCGGGCAGGCCUCUCGUGCUGCUCCCCCUGGGGCUCGGUCCAAACCCGCCCGCUCCGGCGACAUGGCGCGCCGCCCUUCUUUUGCCCAAGUGAUCUUUCUCGGCACUUUAAUACAGAGGCGUCUCAGGCCAUGCUAGCUAGCAUGGCUCCAGUAUUUUCAGUGAUGAAAUUUGAUAAAGAUGGCAAUAUCAGCUGUUAUGAAAGAAAGAAAACAGAACUGUACCAAGAACUCAGUCUUCAACCACGAGAUCUACGAUUCCAGCAUCAAGUUAGCAUAUCACCUAGGAACAACAAGAUUGUAAUGAGAAUGGAAUUCUUGAAGGCUGUGGUGACAACAGAAUAUAUUGUAAUCUUAGACUAUCGUAAUGGAAACUUGGAAAAUUGGCUGUUCAAAGAAUUGUCACCUCAGUUAGCUGGAGAAGGCCAACUGGUUACUUAUUCUUUACCUUUUGAAUUCAGAGCUAUAGAAGCAAUACUGCAGUACUGGAUCGGCUACCUCCAUGGGAAACUCAACAGUCUGCAGCCUCAGAUUCUUGAAACACUAAAUGCUCUAGUGGAUCCUAAGCUUUUGUCCUUGGACAGGAGCAAAGUUCACAUCCUGUUGCAAAAUGGAAAGAGUUUGGCAGAAUUAGAAACCGAUCUUAAAGUUUUCAAAGAGACAGUAUUGGAAAUCCUAGAUGAUGAAGAAGUUCUAGAAGAGCUGUGCCUCAGUAAAUGGACAGACCCCCGAGUAUUUGAGGAGAGUGUCUCUGGAAUUGACCAUGCUGAAGAGAUGGAACUGCUGUUGGAAAAUUACUACAGGCAGGCAGAUGAUCUUCUUAAUGAAACUCGUGAGCUUCGGAUAUUGAUUGAUGAUUCUGAAAGCAUUAUCUUCAUCAACUUGGACAGCCACCGUAACGUAAUGAUGAGGCUGAACUUGCAGCUGACCAUGGGUACUUUCUCACUCUCACUCUUCGGACUGAUGGGAGUAGCUUUUGGCAUGAACUUGGAGUCUUCAUUUGAAGAGGAUCACAGAGCCUUUUGGCUGGUGACUGGAAUUAUGUGUCUGGGCAGUGGCCUAAUUUGGCGAUGGCUUCUUUCCUUCCUUGGACGACAUCUACAAUCUUCAACACCUGUAUCAGUUACUUCUUUAUUGAAACGAACUCCGCCAGCAAAUGGAAAAGUGGAAUUCAAAAGUGACUUUAAAACAGAACCCUUUGGGUCAAGUAGAGGCACGGUGACCAGUCAGUAAUCUGACCACUACUGGUUGUUUCUGCAGAACUGAAUUUGAGACUCAAAAACAAUUUGAGACUUGUUUUUUCUCUCAGAAGAAUUUGAGAUUUGUUUUUUCUCUCAGAAGAGGUAGCAGGUAUCAUUUAACUGUAGUGUUUACUAAAGAUGUGAAUCUGCAGCCAUCCAAAUCUGCAGCUUUGCAGAGAAGAGCUCAGCAGAAUUUAGUACACCAAAGUAGAAAACCUCAAAUUCCCAUGAGAUAUAUGACAUACCACGUGGACUGCUUCAUCUGAUAUUGAUUCUGGGAAUUCUGGUGUCACCUUGAUAAUGUCACAACGCAAAACAAAACCCCUGCUAAUGGCAUCUAUCUUUUUUGAAAUGCAAAUUCCAACCUAUAAAUACUACCUGUAUUCUUACUUAGUGGUUUCACUUGUGUUCCUUUGUGCAAGGGAAUAUUUGUAGGGAAAAUGUGCCAUCUAAAUGGCCUUUAAACCAUAGACUUCUUUAAUGCAGAGAUAGAUAGUCUUAUCCUCGUUGGUACAUUCUGUUUUGAAAGAGUACACAACUGAAUUGAAUGCUAUUAUGGAACACACUUAAACUUCCUAGGUUAAUAUAUUCUUCCUUCAACACUUCUGAAGGUGCCAUUCUUAAAGAGGAAAUAUCCUGCUGGGUUAUAAGACUUGAAGUACUCCCCACUUUCUGGGCGAGAGGGGUAUUAAAAGUGAUUGUCUACUGGUCUAUUUAGUAACAGGGAUGCAAGGAAAUGCCUUGCUUGUGUGUGUGUGUGUAUGCACUCUUUCAAAGCUAAUAUCUAAUAAACAAUUAUUAUUUUAACUCAGGGGUUAGGCAGCCCUGACGCCUUCCAAAUAUUUUGGACAAUGACUCCUUUGAUUCUUAACUAUACAAAUCAUGCUGGCUGCAUGAUUGGGAAUUGUUCUAAACAUCGGAGGACACCAGUUCCCCCACACCAGCUUUAACCCAAAAGAAUCUCCCUUUUAGGGUAAAUUUGUUUGGCUGUGUUUGUAACUGUUAAGUGGCUGGAUCCCAAAGAAAAGAGUAUUUUCUGCCCUCUGUCCCAUUUUUCCCUAUCAUAAUAAUGCCAGCAAGCAAAUCUGCUGCUGUCCUGGUCCAGAUGCUGCAUUCAGAAGGACUGUCUCCAUUGGAUUCAGAGCCUUAUACUGAAACUUCAGACAGGUCUCUUAGGUGGUUCCCUGCUCUUCUCCCCUUGCUCAGGAGGCACAUGUGACAGUUCCAUUAAAAUAUUAAUAUUACAUUACCAAGUGGAGGCCUUCAUUGAGUCGUCUUCCCAUUCUUUUCUAAGUAAAUAUUAGAAGGGACUUAAACAAUUGUGAUAUUUAAGUCCCUUCUUAAAGCACCAUCCCUACUCUGAAGCACCAUCCUUACUCUGAUGAUGCUUCAGAGUACCAAAAGAGAAAGA